GUUCUUAUAAAUUUCUAUUCAUAUGAUGGUUUGUGUGUGUCAUUUGAAAACAAAAUGCCAUUUUGAGAAGAAAUAACAUUGUUUUAAAUGUUGAACGUUUCAUUUUGCAGGAGUAUUGAGGGGUUUUGCCCAUUGUGUGUGUGUUUUUUGAUUUGUGUGUAGAGUUCUGAGAGUACGAGGCAUGUUUUAAGAAAAUGUGUCUAAAAAGACUAAUUCAUUUCAUUUUAUUUAGUAUACCCUAAUAUCGCUUAGAAGAACGUAGAACGACAAGCUAACACUCACGACCUUCUUCCUUUCUUCACCUGUCUCAUUAACAAUGCUCUUAUCUGGCUGUUUUCCCAACUCUCUGAAGGAGGCAAGAGUUAACCCACUCCUGAAGAAACCCACCCUCAAUCCCUCUGAAGAAAACCACUACAGACCGGUACCUCUUCUUCCUUUUCUGGCCAAAACUAUUCUCUACUAACCAACUCUCCUCUCUAUCUCCAUCCUAACAACCUCCUUGACCUCCACCAGUCAGGCUUCAAGGCGGGCCAUUCCACAGAAACUGCUCUUCUUGCUGUCUCGGAGCAACUCCACGCGCCUCUCUCUCCUCUGUCAUCAUCCUUCUGGACCUUCUUGCUGCGUUUGACACAGUUAACCACCAGAUCCUUAUCUCCUCCCUUCAGGAACUUGGUGUUACAGGCUCUGCUCUCUCCCUUCUCUGGACUUACCUUGAUGGCCGCACCUACCAGGUAACUUGGAGAGGAUCUGUGUCGGAACCCUCUUACUUCCUCAGGGCUCCGUCCUGGGUCUCCUCCUCUUCUCUAUCUACACCAACUCUCUCGGCUCUGUCAUUCGCUCGCAUGGUUUCUCCUACCACAGCUAUGCCGAGGACACCCAACUAAUUCUCUCCUUCCCUCACUCUGAGACUCAGGUGGCAGCACCGAUGUCUGCCUGUGGAUGUCCGCUCACCACCUGAAAAUCAACUCCGACAAGAGUGAACUACUUCUCUUUCCCAGAAAAGAUUCUCCGAUCCAGGACCUGACUGUUGACUUUAGCAACUCCAUGUUAACGCCCACUCUGACUGCUAGGAACCUUGGUGUGACACUUGACAGCCAACUCUCCCUGACUCCCGACGUUACAGCGACAACACGAUCCUGUAGAUACACGCUCUACAACAUCAGAAGAAUACGACCCCUUCUCACUCAGAAGGUGGCGCAGCUCUCCACUGGUUACCAGUGGCUGCCUGCAUACAGUUCCAAACAUUGGUUCUCACAUACCAUGCUGUGAAUGGAUGGGGUCCAGUCUACAUCCAGGACAUGGUCAAACCCUACAUCCCAACCUGCACACUCUGCUCGGCAUCUGCCAAGCUGCUUGUUUAUUAUUGUUAAAUCAACCCAUUAUUAUCAAGCUUUAUGUUUUUUCUUAGUUAUGGGUUAACUCAUAUAACAAAUUAACAAAUAUACCUGAACAGUACCUGUGGUGUCUGACAAGGGGUCACAGAUGAAAAUGAGCUUCAAGCUAAAUCUGGUAGCAUAAUAUUAUGGGACAUUGUGACUGCUAAAUCUAAAAUUUAGAUAAUAAUUUAGAUAAUAAAUAAUGUGUCUGAAUUCUAAAGUUUUAACUUGUACUUUUAUCAGGCAUCACAUGAUGGAAACCACAUAGCAGUGAUGUCAUGGAAGGUCCCUCAGUAGAGUACAAAUAGAGCUCGAGAUGAGGAAACACACCAGAGUGGAAGUGUGAUAAUUAGUGAGAUGGAACUGAAGCUGCAGCUCAGCGUCUUCGUGUUACUCAUACAGGUUUCCCUUGCUGUGUGGCGGCGUGUGACUGUGAAAAAAGGUCACACACUCAGCUUAAGCUGCCCUAUCACUGAUGCUCACAUGACCCACAUUGAAUGGAAGAACCCUGAAGGAUAUAUUAUGUUCUUUAAUCGCAAAAAAGCCUUACUAGACAAGCGCUACAGCAUCAACAAACUAUCUCAAACGGAGUUCACCAUCAGUAUUUCCAAAAUCACCUUCAAAGAUGGUGGCAACUAUACAUGCUCUCAGUAUGGCACGAACACAACAGAGAAGAAAGUGGAGGUGACGAUUUUAGGCCGUCCCAAAAUGGAAGUAGCUCAGCAUGAGGGAAGGUUUGUCAUAAAAUGCUCUGCUGAGGGGAACCACUAUCCUCCUCAAAUCUCUUGGAAAUUGGAUAAUUUACCUGAAAUCCUUGCUCAUGUCGAAGAAGAAGUUAGAAGUGACAAAGGCAGGACAUAUGUCUCAAUGGCUUUGCUACACGUUGACUCAGUGAAACGUAGGACCACAGUCAAAUGCCUUGUUCGCCAUCCAGCUCUUCACUCAAAACCUCUAAUGAACUUUGUCAAGAUUGGACCACACUCAACAAAGUACCGGCACACAACCACAGGGGUGCCAGGAACAACCACCAGCUGGGUCAGACAAGGGAGAACUACAGGGCACCUUGCAACCAGAGGCAUCCCCAGUGGACCUCCUCUGAUCCCUGCGACACUCACAGACUCACCUCUCACAACCAGUGAUGAGUCAACAAUCUCUAUGACAUCAGGCUUGACCAGGAGGUGGAAUGACACUUUCGGUGAACCCACUACAGACUGGACGUCUGUCUCCGGGACAACAGACACACCGAUCACAUCCGAUAACAGUACAGAUGGAAACAGAACAAUAAGCAUAAAUGAUCCAAAGAUGCGGACAGGACCUGAAGGAAGUUCCUCAUUAUUGGUCUUCCUGGUAACAUGCCUGCUCUUCGGUCUCCUUGUGGUUGUCAUUUUCUUUGCAAUCAAGCUAAGGAGAGCACACACCGCCUGGAAAAGAGAGAAUGAGGAUACUGAUCCAUCAGAGGAGAGCAGUAAAUCCAAAUCAAGCCAAGAAGAGAGGAAUGUGCAGGGACAGAGGCAACGAGGUCUUUUCACCACAGCAUUCACACAGUACGUCAUUGAAAAACCAACAUUGAUAAGCUCUGUGAUGAAGAGAAAUUCAAUGGCAGCAACAGAGAGUGUAAAUCCAGAACAGCAUCAACCUCAAACACCAGGACAAACUCUAGCUAAGAGUGACAUAAAGGAAACAGAGCUAUGACAAUCUGAAAAAUGCAGUACAUAUUAAUAAUAACAUGAGCACCAUCAGAAUGCUCACAUAUUAGACUGAGUAGUUCUUUUACAAUAAGUGUUUACAUCUUAGAAAACAAUGUGACAACUUGUGCUUUUUUUAGGUGCUUUUUACCGUUUGUAUAUUGCAUGUAUUUCAUCUUUACAUCAACCAAUAAAUCGUGCU